CAUGAGGAUCCGUGUCCAUCCUUAUCACGUCCUCCGUAUCAACAAGAUGCUUUCCUGUGCUGGUGCCGAUAGGCUCCAGACCGGUAUGCGUGGUGCUUACGGCAAGCCUAACGGCACCUGCGCUCGUGUCAACAUCGGCCAAGUGCUCAUCUCCAUCCGAACCAGGUUGGAUAAGGAGCAGAUCGCCGUUGAGGCUCUCAGGCGUGCCAAGUUUAAGAUCCCCGGUCGCCAAAAGAUCCAUGUCUCCCACAACUGGGGUUUCACUCGGUUCACCAAGGACGAUUACCAGAAGUACAAGGCCAUGGGUCGUUUGAUCCCCAUGGGAGUUCACGCUCAGUGGCUCUCUUCUAAGGGUUCUCUUGACCGUUUCAUCGGUGCUCAGUAAGUAGCAAGAGCUACAAAGGGUUCUCUAAGACUUGCUGAUAGCAGCAGAAUUACAUCGGCUGUUGUUGGGAGGGCUUAACCAUUGAAAUGGCUUCUGGGCUC